CUUUAUACUAGGCGUAAGUUUUGACUUCUGAAGAUUAAUAUUUUUGCGGAAGUAAAAUAAUCGAAAAUGUCAAGAGAAGUUCUUCGCAAGCACCUCUUUGUUAAUAAUCAAUUCUUUGAGAAUGCUCUUAGAGAUUACUAUCAGGAUGCGACAAUUUAUCUAAAAACAUUUGAAGUUAGAAGGGUGUCUAAAAGAGAGGAAAGUUACUGGGCUGAUCAAAUGAUAAUUGUGGCUAAUUACACAAGUUCGAAUAAUGUCACCAAAGCACAAAACUUGGUGUUAAAAAUAGGAUUUUAUAAUCCCUAUAUGGAAGAAAGUGUCGAAAAGUAUGAUCCAUUCAAAAGGGAAAUUCUCUUCUUCCAAAACAUUCUACCAACUAUGAACAAAAUGUUUCAGUCACUGCAUUCAUAUCCAGCUACGUGCAAUGCAAUGUGCAUUGUUAAUAAGCGUCCACAGCCAAAGUACAUACUAUUUGAGGAAUUGUCAAGUGAUAAAUAUUUGAGAGUUCAUAGGAGGUCAGGAUUGGAUGAGAAUCAUUUGAAAUUAGCUAUUGAAAAAUUAGCAAAAUUUCAUGCAUGCUCGGCUGUUAUGUAUCAGCAAAAUCGUGAUUUGUUUGAACAUCAUCAACAGCCAAAUGUCAGUGAAUACUUUAAGAUAUUCCAUCCAUUAUUUACAGCAUCCUUGCAUAAAUUGGUUGAGGAAGUGUCGAAUGAUAAAUGGCACAAUUCAGAGACUUUGAUUGAGAAGCUGAUGUAUUUUGAGAACAACUUUAUUGAUAAAGUAAGCGAAGCUUUUAUGCUGGAAGAUAAUGAGUUAGGAGUGCUUUGUCAUGGCGAUUUGUGGAUCGAAAACUUGCUUUUCCAAUAUGACGAAAAGAAAAAUCCAAUUGAUGUCAAAAUGGUUGAUUUUGGACUGAGUUACUUUGGAUCUCCAGGAAUAGAUUUGACAUACCUUCUGUUCACAUCUUCAUCAUCCGAUAUUGCUGACUACGAAAUUGAUGUUCUUUUGCAGCACUACCACAUAACAUUGCAUAAAACAUUAAUCAAAUUGGACUUUCCAAGACAAAUUCCAUCCUUGAUACAAGUUCAUAAUCAUUUUAUGAAGCGUGGCAUAAUUGGAGUUCUGUAUACAGUUUUGUUGCUUCCAAUGAGAUUCUCUCAAAAUGACUAUUUUAUGGAUCAAGAAAUGAAGGAUAGAUUGAUAUUUCUAUUAGAUUACUUUGGAAGGAAGGGAUUCUUAGAUUAAAAACAGAUUCCACAUAUUUAUUAACACCAAAAGCUUUAUUCCAAUUUUAAAAUAUAUUUUGUAUAAUAAUGGGCCUC